UCCCUAGCUCGCAGCCUCUGGCAAGUGGAGUUUUUAAAAAGCUCGAGCAGAUCAUGUCAUGACGACUUCGCUGCUCCUGCAUCCGCGCUGGCCGGAGAGCCUUAUGUACGUCUAUGAGGACAGCGCGGCGGAGAGCGGCAGCGGAGGAGGCGGCGGGGGAGGCGGCGGCGCGGGCGGCGCGGGGGGCGGCUGCAGCGGAGCGAGCCCCGGCAAAGCCCCCAGCAUGGACGGGCUGGGCAGCAGCUGCCCGGCCAGCCACUGCCGCGACCUGCUUCCGCACCCCGUGCUGGGCCGCCCGCCGGCUCCCCUGGGCGCCCCACAGGGCGCCGUCUACACGGACAUCCCGGCCCCAGAGGCUGCGCGCCAGUGCGCCCCGCCGCCGGCGCCCCCCACCUCGUCCAGCGCCACCCUGGGCUACGGCUACCCGUUCGGUGGCAGCUACUACGGCUGCCGCCUGUCGCACAACGUGAACCUGCAGCAAAAGCCUUGCGCCUACCACCCGGGUGAUAAAUACCCGGAGCCAUCGGGCGCCCUGCCGGGUGACGACCUGUCCUCCAGGGCCAAGGAGUUCGCCUUCUACCCCAGCUUCGCCAGCUCCUACCAGGCGAUGCCCGGCUACCUGGACGUGUCGGUGGUGCCUGGGAUCAGCGGGCACCCAGAGCCGCGUCACGACGCGCUCAUCCCCGUCGAAGGCUACCAGCAUUGGGCUCUCUCCAACGGCUGGGACAGUCAGGUGUAUUGCUCCAAGGAGCAGUCGCAGUCCGCCCACCUCUGGAAGUCUCCCUUUCCAGACGUGGUUCCCCUACAGCCCGAGGUGAGCAGCUAUCGGCGAGGGCGCAAGAAACGCGUGCCCUACACCAAGGUGCAGCUGAAGGAGCUAGAGAAGGAGUACGCGGCCAGCAAGUUCAUCACCAAAGAGAAGCGCCGGCGCAUCUCUGCCACCACGAACCUCUCGGAGCGCCAGGUCACCAUCUGGUUUCAGAACCGGCGGGUCAAAGAGAAGAAGGUGGUCAGCAAAUCGAAAGCGCCUCAUCUCCACUCCACCUGACCGCCCAUCUGGCCACCCGCCCCAUCUAUUUAUGUCGCCGCUUUGUACCAUAACCGAACCCACCGAUGGACGCUUCGCCGGUGCGGACGAAUAUUUAAUGUUAAUGAGAAAGAGUAACCGCGUCGCGGGAGGCAGAGAGGAAGAGAGGAUCCGAGGGCGAGCUCCGCAGCCCCCUGCUCCCCACCCCAUCCUCAACCCCCACCCCAUGCAGAUGGGACCUACUAGCCUCUACAACUUUGGAGGUGGGUGUGGGUGGGCUGUGGGAGGAAGGCUAACUGCCUCCACAUCCUUUUGCCCUCGACCUUGGCUUGCCAGAAAACCUAAUGGCAGCAGAGAGCCCGAUCAUUCCAACCAAAGCAGGGUUGGGGGACCCCGAAUGACCCCAUUCUUGCCUCAUCCUUUGCCCAGGCAGGUUGAUGACCCUCCUGAGGGUGGGGCCUCGGUGCAGGACCUGGUGAGCUCAUACCAUCCCCCCCAGUUCCUCCUCCUAUUCCCAGUCCCUCCCGUGCUCCUUAGUUAGGCAAGAUUUCCCAGUUAAGAUUUUC